CCCAUAUGUAAACUACAUGUGAUUCCUUUUCAUUUUUUAAUGUUUUAGUAUAAGUUUCAAAAUUAUAAUUAUCGUAUAUAAAAUUUGGUUUAGAUUCGAAAUUCACAGUUAAAGGACGCAUUUAAAGGAUGACACCGGUAGCCAACGCAAAUAAACCAGCAAACAUAAAUGAUGCGUUGAGCCCAGAGGCACUGAACGCGAGAUCGGAAAAUUGGAAUAUACAAACCUCAUCUUAUGAUCUAUCUUAUGAAAGUGAAGAAGAAGUUGAGGAAGAAGAAUUUUUCAAAGAACCCUCCUAUGAAAUAUAUGAGCCUCCGCCUCCUGAAGAAAGGGACAUUGGAAAAAUCAUAAAGGAUUCCUUUGGCUUUUAUAGAAAAGAGGACCUGUCGGAAGCAGAGCUCGGCCGCCAUAGGGUAACAGAAGAAGUGGUUUACAGAUACACCCUGUGUAACGCCAACGGUAUGAUGGUCCAGGUCAUAACGCUGGGUGCCGCCAUCACAGCUAUAAGGAUGCCUGAUAAUAAGGGCGUCAUCACGGAUGUAACGCUGGGUCUCAACGAUCUCGACGACUAUCAGUCAGAGAAAAAUGAGCUAUGCUUUGGUUCAUUAAUGGGUCGUUUCAACUCAUUUAUAUCUAAUGGUGAAAUAAGAAUAGGUAAAAAAGAUUAUAGUCUGUCCACAAAUGUGAAAGGUAUUCACCAUGAGAAAGGAGGCCACAUUGGAUUCGACAAGGUACUUUGGGAAUCCUAUGUCGCAUACGACAGAGUAAUAAUGACUCAUGUUAGUCCUCAUUUGGAUGAGGGUUAUCCUGGAGAUUUAAUGGUUCAAAUAUCAUUCCACUUAACAAAAGAUAACUGUUUGGUUGUAAAUACUACUGCCACAACUUCUCAGCCGACCAUUAUAAGUUUAGGACACAAUUUAUACUUUAAUAUGGCUGGGCACGAAACUGGCCCUGAAGGCUUAAGAGAACAGAGUAUCCUGGUCAAUGCUGACAAGUUUGUUAAAGUUGACAAGGAAAACAUACCAACAGGGGUUCUAGAGAAUGUUGGAGCAACGUACUUUGACCUACGAGUUCCCCGUCCCCUGUGGAAAGCUAUUGCUAAACUGCCGGGUGGGGGCUAUGAUCAUGUCUUCUGCUUAACUAAAGGCUACCCUAGGGAAAGUGUUUCUUUUGCUUGCAGGCUCGUACACCCUCCGUCUGGAAGGUAUUUAGAAAUUAUGACUGAUAUGCCAGGUCUUUAUAUCAACACUGGAAGGAAUUUGCCAAAUACAGAAGCUUUACCACCACUGGAGGCCCAAACAGGUUUUAGUGAGGAAGUUUAUCCUGAAUUUUGUAGAGAAGAGAAAAUGAAAGAGAAAGAGAUUAAAGAACUUCAAGCAAAAAUGGCUGCCAAACAAACUUGGCCACGUCAAGAAUCUAUUAAAGAAUCAUCAGAAAUCAAACUGCCGAUCCCCCCUGAUCAUCCUGACACAGAAAGAAAAGUUUUAUUUAAAGAUAAAGAUGCAUCCCAACAACCUCAUGAACACGAAAAAGAAGAAAAGGGAGUUAGUGAAGCAAGAACUGAACAAGAAGAAAAACAAUCAGAAGAGUUUAAAGAAUCAGAUAGUGAUAUUGAGAAACAUGAAGAAACUUUAAUUCAUUCGCCCGAUGAUGAAGAACAGCAUGACACUCAAGUAGGAGCAUCUAUGAGAUUUUUAAAAGAUGUGGCUGAAUCUGACGAAGAAGAAAAUGCUGCACCUAGAUGGACUCCACCACCACCAAUAAUUGGAAGGAAAGGAGUUGCUUACAAAUUAAAUGGUGGUAUUUGCUUCAUGUCUCAAGAAUAUCCUGACGCAAUGAAAUUUAAAAACUUUCCCAAGCCAGUAAUUAAACCUGGAGACAAAUUUAGCCGUACAACUAUCUAUAAAUUCGGCAUCAUUCAACCAAGAAGUGCUGCAGAUUCAACCCUUUAUCUGUAGAUUCGUUUUUCUGAUGUUAUGAGAAAAAUUUUAAAAAUGCCAAAUCGGUUUUUAGAAAAAAAUAUAUUUUAUUAUGAAAUGCUGCUUGUCUUA